AUUUCAGUGCUAGAGCUUGUCGGCAAGAACAAACGUAUUAUCAGCGCCCUAGUCCUCGGGAUUAUGAUUUCCUCAGGAGAACUCCUCCUAACCCUCAUCGUUUGGCUCGUCCCCCACUGGAGGCACUUCCAGCUCUUCCUCUACUGCCCUGCCUUCAUCUUCCUCGCCUACAUCUUCCUUUUAGAAGAAUCCUUACGCUGGUUGAUUGUUAAUGAGAAGAAUGAUAAAGCUGUCAUACUGGUACAGAAGAUUUCGAAGUGGAAUGGUGUGGCGUUGUCACAGAAGAUGAUAGAUGCUAUUCGGAAUUCGAAAGUGGGGUUUGAUGCGGACAAAGAAGUAGAGAAGGAAAAGUUUCAUCCGAAGCUGUUGUUUUCUUCGGCGAUGUUGGUCAAAAGGUUGAUCGUAUGCUCAUGGUGGUGGUUCACAGCAGCAUUUGUCUACUACGGCCUCCUCAUCAACUCUGUAACUCUGCCUGGCAACAAGAUAGCGAACUUCGCUCUGUCCGCUAUCUCGACGCUCAUUGGCGAAUUCAUCGCUUGCUUCUCGCUCAAUAAGAUCGGAAGGAAGUAUACUUUGCUAGGAGGGUUCCUGGUAUGUGGGAUCGCCUGCGUAGCUGAAGCUUUUGUACCCAAAGCUGCCAAGACGGAGUUAAUAGUGAUAUUCCUACUCGGCAAAAUGUGCAUAUCUAUCUGCUUCAACGGCAUCUACGUAUACACAUCCGAGCUGGUACCCACUAGUGCGCGAGGCUGCUUAGUGGGCGCUUGUUCCAUGGUAGCUAGAGUUGGCUCUGUGCUAGCACCCUUGACUCCACUGUUGGGUAACUGGUGGCAUCCUUUGCCGACGCUCCUCUUUGGGAGUUCUGCAUUGAUAGCCGCACUGCUGACACUCUCAACCCCUGAGACUCUUCAGCGAGACCUUCCCGAUACCGUCGCCCAAGCUAAAGCGUUUCACCAAUAAAUAGUGACUCUCGACCCGAUUCGAAGAAUGAAAUACCAUGACGAUAAGUUCUGUAGAGCUAACGAGGUCGGCUCUUUAUCAUUUGUCACCAUGCCU